GCUACGUGCACGAAUUAUCUGUGUCCAGACACUUUGGCUUGUGUUCAUUUUCCACACCACUGCCCGUGUCCGCACCCUGACGUUGAGGACAAGGUUGAAUUGGCUCCUGGAAUUGCUGUAUGUGCUAGCAAGGGGGGGUUCAAGGUUGGCGAGGCUGAACGCAAAAUCGAACUGGCUAGAAAAGGAUUGCUCUGA